AGAAGCGAAACAAAAUAAACUAGCGGAAACGGAAGUUGAUUUCAAAAUUGCCGUAAAAAAUAGUCGGCUUAAAAUAAAAAUAGUAAACAAAGCGUUUUCUUGACGAAUAAAAAUCGGAUUACUAUCGGAUAAAUCCUUCUGAUAUUUUAAAAUGGCUGCUGUUCAAAAACCCAAAAGUGAGAUGACUCCAGAGGAGCUUUCUCAGCAUGAACAGGAAGAAUUUAAUACAGGCCCUCUCUCUGUCCUCACACAGUCAGUUAAGAACAAUACUCAGGUUUUAAUCAACUGCAGAAACAACAAAAAACUUUUAGCAAGGGUUAAAGCCUUUGAUAGACACUGUAACAUGGUUCUUGAAAAUGUCAAAGAAAUGUGGACAGAACAGCCAAAGACAGGAAAAGGCAAGAAAAAGUCAAAGCCUGUUAACAAAGACCGCUUCAUUUCAAAGAUGUUUUUGAGAGGGGAUUCUGUCAUUCUAGUAUUGAGGAAUCCCUUGGCAACUGCCAAAUAAUAUUUGAGGGAGUUUUUCAAACCCUGAUCUCUAUCAACAGGAAAUGUCAGUGAGAGUGAUCACAUCCCACCUGUUACAUUGAUACAAACGUUUGCUGGGAUUCAUAGUUCAAUACUAAAACGCAGUACUGACUUGUUUUGUUCAAAUUUAAAUCUAAUUUUUAUGGAUACAAAUUAAAGCAGCAUUUGGUUGACUUACUGUUUUAUCUCACAUUUCCAGUUGAUAAAGGCAGAAGUUUGCUGUAGUUUUUUGUAAAUAUACAAUGCAGCCAAUGUCUGUUGGUUUAUUUGAUGGACCUUUGUUUUUAUAUUACACAGCUUUUUAAACAAGUUGAAUGACCGUUGUGGUUUGAGAGUUUUAUGUACCAUUUGUUGUUGCUCUAAUAAAAAUAAAAAUCUCUA